GGGAUCCUCCAGGUAUAAAAGCGUGAGUGACGGCUGGACAGCAGCGACGGCGCCUCUCACUCCCACAGACCACAGAAGACUCAGAGGAGGUCCAGCAUUUCUGCAGAUCCAGGGAACAUGUCAAAAGUUUUCAAAAAGACCAGUGGAAACGGAGGGGUGACCCUCUACCUCGGCAAGAGAGACUAUGUGGACCACAUGACCUCAGUGGACCAAGUCGACGGCGUGGUGAAGCUGGACACCUCUAAUUUCGGUGACAGAAAAGUCUUCGUGCAGCUGGCAUGUGCCUUCCGCUACGGUAGUGACGACCUGGACGUGAUGGGCCUCUGCUUCAGGAAGGACAUCUGGAUCACGCACGUCCAGAUGUACCCCGAGAACCACAAACCAGCGCUGAGUCCCAUGCACGACACCCUGAUGAAGAAGGCCGGGGACAACUCCUACCCCUUCACCUUCAAUAUCCCAAACAACCUUCCGUGCUCCGUCUCCCUGCAGCCGGGACCCGACGACAAGGGAAAGGCCUGCGGCGUGGACUUUGAGGUGAAGGCUUACCUCGCCAUGGACAAGGCCAACCCAGACGAGAAGAUCGAGAAGAAGGACACGGCUCGCCUUAUCAUUCGUAAAAUCCAGUAUGCGCCGUCUCAGAUCGGGGCUGGGCCCAAAGCAGAGCUCUGCAAAAGCUUCAUGAUGUCCGACAAGCCGGUGCACCUAGAGGCUUCCAUGGAAAAAGACCUCUACUUCCACGGAGAAACGAUCCCCAUCAAAAUCAAAGUCAACAACGAGAGCAACAAAACGGUCAAGAAGAUCAAGAUCGUUGUGGACCAAACCACGGACAUCGUCCUCUACUCUGCGGACAAAUACACCAAGAGUGUCCUCACAAAAGAAUUCACAGAGACGGUGGACGCCACCAGUACCUUCGAAACAACUCUCAACAUCGUGCCGCUGCUGGCUGACAACAAGGAGAAGAGAGGACUGGCGCUGGACGGACGGCUGAAGGACGAGGAUACUAACCUGGCCUCCACCACCCUUCUGCGGCAAAAUGUUGAAAAGGAGGUGCUGGGAAUCCUGGUCUCCUACAAGAUGAAAAUCAACCUGAUGGUGGCUGGAGGAGGCCUGCUGGGCGGCCUCACGGCCAGUGAUGUGACAGUGGAGCUGCCGUUGAUGCUCAUGCACCCAAAACCAGAAGAAUAAAGGAACAGCAUCAAUUGAAGAUGUCACACUGGAAGUUGAGAAGACACCCAGAGAGGAAGAUGCUGUGGGGAAGUGAAGGAUGAAAACGACGCGAGACGGUCGAAAACAACACUUUUGACGCAUGAAGACGUGGCACCUGUCCCCUGGCUGAUUCUGUUCAUGUUCCAUGUUCGUGUGCUUGGUUUUAGAGUAGCAUAGUGUCAGGCUUAGGGAGCUAGACAAAGGCCUGUACAUGUUUACCACGACUCCAGUACAAGAGCUGGCUACAAAAGGACAUCUUUAUUGAGACCUGAAAAGUUCCACUCUUCUGGACUCCACCCAUACAUUUGUCUAAGUAUUCCUUAAGUCUUGUUCAGGAUUGUUAUGUUGAUUGUGAAAGACUCCAUGCCUAACCUACUCAAAUAAAUAAAUAAAAAACUUUAAAAUUG